GUAACAGCUAUGCGUCUGACGCAUAUGCAUAUGGGUUCGAUUUCUUAUCAAUAUGAUAAUGUUUAGUGGAGAAAUCCUUUUGAAAAGUUACUGUGAUUGUGACUGUACACCAGCUCUGAUACUUUGUAACUUUUUUUAAAAUAUACGAGGAAACUUCACCAUGCAUAUUUUACUGACACUUGUGGCCCUCGUCGCAGUUUUCGGAUCACUGCGAGUUAACGGGGAUAAUAGUGAUAUGAAGAAGAAAUGCUUCGCCGAUCUGAAAACACACAACAAAUGCCCAAAAAACAUUAAGGCGAGAAGACUGUUCUUCUUUAAUUCAACGUCGUGUCAGUGUGAACAGUCCUCGCAAUGUUUGAAUGGACCGAACUCGUUCAAAACCGAAGCCAAAUGUGAAUCACAAUGCAUGGGACUAGUCGGAAACGGGGAGGUCUCAGAAGAAUGCACCGACUAUUCGACCUGCUCGGUGACUUGCGGGCAAUGUACCCUGACAAUCAACCGUAAUUGUACGCCUGAACCAGAUAACAUCUGCUCAUGUAGCGGGAAUAAUCUGACGGAAACACGGCCAGUUGAACUGCCUCCUUGCGGAAAAGUAUUGGCUCAACUCAAUGCCGGAGAUAAUAGCACAGACAUUUAUAAUAUAUGGGUUUCUCAACUGGGCAAUUGGAUGGACUUCAUUGCAGACACGGUCAGCAUAACACUGCUGAAAGAUGGCAAUGUUGUACAGUUCAUCACUUUUAACGGUACUGGAUCUACAAGCACAAACUGGUUUUCCGCAGCGACCUUAAUCGCCACCAGCUGGUCAACUCUAGACGUUGACUCUUCUUUCUAUUUUGGGCCUGGUGGUACCCCUUUCCAGGUAGAUUUAGAUGCUAAUUGCUCGAACCCUCGAAAAACUUAUCUGAGAGUGAUCGAAGAUGGUAACUCUUCGUGCACAAUACUACUUCCUGAUGACAAACCUGUAAUUCUGUAUCACCCUCAGAGUUGCAAGGCGCCAGUUGACUAUACAGCUGCAACAAUGGAAUUUGCGGACACCAUGUUCUUCACAUACACAUAAAAUCCGAGUGGAAUACGAAUUAGUGUGUAUGGAAAGAUAGUUGUGAGCUACACAUAACGACUAUAUAACGGGACUCGAUCACGGUUCAAAGGGUCAGACAUCCAACAAUAUAAGUACAUCUAAAAUGCUCACAAAAAGAGUGUAACUAUGAUAAAACAUCACCAAACCUAGCAAAACCCUGUACUGCUAUUGUCAACAGAUUUCUAAAACAUCUGCAGAUUAUUCUUUAUUUUGAAAUCGUAAGUAACGCUGAUUAACAUUAAAUGACUUAAGGCUUGGAUAAACGAAAUUAUUUUCAAGUGAUAACCUGCAAGUUAAUGUUUUGUGUUAUUUCAAAAUAGUAAGGAAAAUACCUCAAUUGCAACAAUCUUGUUAACAAACACGUUGCUGACAUACAACCUAUGGACAAGUCCCUUAUUAUGUACAAUUAUAUUGUCGCAACGCUGAGACAAAUUGGAACGCUUUGAAAAACGUUUCAUGAAACAAAACAUUAUUCAAUCUGCUUUACUGACCAUUUGGUCGCCAUUUUAUAAAUUACUUUUCCAGCUGAUUUGUUAAGAUCCAGUAUGAUUGUCCAUGCACAUUAUCUAUAUUCCGCUAUUGUAUAUUCUGGGUAAGAUUUGGCGUAAUAUCUUUUAUUAGUAUUUGAUUGAUUGUAUUCGGCUAUUAUUUGUUCCGGUUUCGAAUUGGCUUAAUAUAUCUUAAUAGUAUUUGAUUGAUUGUCCAUGCAAGCUUCUGUAUUCUCUUAUUAUAUAUUCCGGUUUCGGUUUGGUUUUAUAUCUUUUAUUAGUAUUUGAUUGAUUACACAUGCACAGUUUCUAUAUUUUACUAUUCUUUGUGCUUUAUGAGAGAGAGUAUUAUUUGACUUAACUUUUAUAAGUUAUGUGCUUAUUGACGUAGGUUGUGGUUUAACAUGGUAAUCAUUGUAAUUUAAGGCAUUUAACCAACGAUAAUAAAAAAAUAGUUAUACAAAUACUGAUUUUGAUAAAUAAAAUGACUUUGUUCUUCAUAGACAAUAUUUGUAGACACAUUUGAAAUCGUUAAAUGAGUGGAAAAAUACGUUUUAGGGUUAACUUAAUAAAUUGUCUUUGCCAGCUAUCAUUUAAAUCUCUUUUUUUCUUUUUUCUUUACCUUCAUGGAUAUUGUUUCAAAACAUAUUGAAAGAUUGAAAUGUUUUAAAUGCUUUUGUUUUAUCCUUUAACAAUUAUAUUUAUUAACACAGGAACAAUCUGUGUCAGUGAUGUCAAGAACUGACCAUUGCAUGUUAUUUUGAAUGUUGCUUCGUAUAUGUUUUGAACGUGUUUUGGGGUGAAUAAAUGAACUUUGUUUGAAGAAAAUAUUAAAAAAGACAUCAUACAUCGUAAUUAUCCAAUGCUUGUACAUAUCGCUAAUAAAAAAUUGCACUCAUA